CGUGGCGCGUAUCGUGCGCCCGCGCGGCGGCGGCCGGCGCCAGCGCACAGCCGCUGCGGAUGCUGCGGCGCGCGCACCUGUCGCGCCACCUUCCCACCCGCCGCGCGAGUUCACGUGUGAUGAGUGACAGUGAUCGUGAGCCCUAGGAUAACCUGCGUCUGAAGCAACCCUAGACGGGGCGAUGUUAAGUACGGUGUUAGCGCUGGCGUGCCUGAGCUUGGCGCGCUGCUCGGCGGAGCCCCACGCGGUACGCGUCCACGCGCACAACCCACACACUAGCCUGGAACUUAACGGAGUCCUGGUCAAGAUCGAGGAGAAACUGCGAAUAAUGGAGUUGGUCAGUGCGGCCCAGGUCAAGCAGGCGCGCAAGCUAGAAGUCAUACAGGAUAAACUAGACCGCGUGGAGACCACAAUUUCGUUAAGACUGGAAAGAGCUCAAUUAGCGGCUGAAAGACUGGAACAUAGGAUGCAUCUGCUUCAGUCUAGUGUUAUUACAGCAGUGCAAGACAGUGCGGAUAAAAUAGAACGCAGCGAACAGAAAAUUUUAGAGAUUGCACGAAACCUGACGAACAAUGUAACAUCACACGCACAUUUGUUAGAAAAGGCCAGCGGCGCCUACACCGAGACCUGGCGUCGAGGUUUGAUGCUCGAGUCCCUCAUGCGGGACGGCUUGUCACUAAUAAACGUGACGAGACGUGAACUAGCCGAAGGGCUCCGCGCUCUUGCCAGGAGGCAGCGGGAAGCGCGGCUGUCAUCAACGGAUAUAGAGAACGCCUUCUCGAAAAAACUUAAUGAAAACACUAAUAAGAUCGAAAUGAAGAUGCAGGAGAUGGUGGCAACACAAAAGCGUUUCGUGGACUCCUGUCAACGAGUGCAGCGUGACGACCCCGCGCACGUAACCGACGUGCUGGACAAAUUGAUCGACUCGCUUAUCGCUAAAACCAAUGCCACAUUCCAAGAGCUGCAAGAAAUUAAGAUCAACAUGCGCAGUCACGAUUACAAAGUAAUGAAGAUGCUCAGCCCUGCGCGGCCUCAGAGCGACGCAACCUGUCGACGUCUAGAGACAGUGUUCCGCAACGUGUCUCGCGCGUCCUUCAAAGAAACGGAGCUGCAGCAGCUAACCGAGAAGUUCAUCGCGCUGACGGAACGCGCUGACGCGACGUUGCAGCGUCUGGAAGAGCGGCUCGGAGACGAUGCUGAGGUGCUCACUCAACCGUCUGAUGUCACUUCGGAAGCGGACCGGUUGUUGAAGAAGCUCAAUGGAAUUAAGAGUGAGCAAGAGGCCGACGAUGAAUACUGGGGGACCGAUGAUGACAAAGAGUAUGACUAUGAUGAUGAAGAUAAUGAUGAUGACCAAAACGUCAUCGUAAAGUCUCGUCACCACGAUGAUAUACGCUCGGCGCGCCGGAGACAUCUGCACAAACACCCUUACGACCGCGGCCCUAAGCGCACGAAGCCUCCUAAGUAACCAUUUAUGAUAAUUAUAUACAUUUAUUAUAACCAUAUG